AUUCUGCACCAGCAUGGCCCGAUGCCCCGUUCUGCUGCUGCUGGCCCUGUGGGUGCUGGCUGGGGGGCCGGGGCUGCAGGCUGAGGCUCGGGGCGCCCCGUACGGGGUGAAGCUCUGCGGAAGAGAGUUUAUCCGUGCUGUCAUCUUCACGUGUGGGGGUUCCCGCUGGAGGCGCGCCCAGCUGCUGGACCACGAGGCCCUGGUUGAGGCCUUCCCGGAGGCGGAUACCGACAUGGACAGCCAGAUGGAUGAGGCGGUGGCUUCCAGCGAGUGGCUGACCGUCAGCAAGUCCCCCCAGGCCUUCUAUGGGGGGCACACCGGCUGGCAGGGACCCCCACGGGCCCGGAGGGGGAGCCGAGAUGUCCUGACCGGGAUUUCCAGCAACUGUUGUAAAUGGGGGUGCAGCAAAAAUGAAAUUAGCAGCCUGUGCUGAGUGGUUCAUUCAUUCAUCCGCCUGUGACAGGAGACAGGAGUGUUAUGGCCCCCUCCCCAGCCUGGGCUGACUGGAUCCCCAACCCCCCAACCAAGAGCAGGCCUUUGCUGACCCUCCCUGCCUGAGUAAAUGGGGUCUCACACUCCUUCCUGCCUCUUCCCUGAAACCACUGUCCCCCCCUUUUCCUAUCUUCUCCCCAACUCAAAGACCUCCCUCCCAGGCAUCAACCUCCCUCCUCCCUCUCUUCUCCCUGCCUCCUGGGGCUCUGCACCCCCAAGAAUUUGGGGGGUCCCUUUGCAUGUGAGAAUGAGGACUUUAAAAGAAAAAAAAAAAUAGCUGGUCCGGGAGGUGGCGUAGCGGAUAAGGUAUUGGACUAUUGAGCAUGAAGUCCUGAGUUCAGUCCUUGGCAGCACACUUUCUUUCUGUCUCCUAUCAUUUAUCAUGAAUCCAUA